AUGGCGGCUCUGUGCGGAGUGUCGGGGAGUCCGUCGGGGAGGUGGCGACUGCCCUUCUUGCGGCCUCACUACUCAGGCGCGGACAGGUCGGGAGCUCGGGCGCGCGACGCAGCGAGUGAAGCGGUGCGAGUGCUGUCUUCUCUGAGACGUUUUCCCGAGUUUCCGCGGCAGGACAAUGCGUCGCCGCCGGGCGCGGGGGGGCUGAGGGGCGGGUGUGACGCGGAUCCCGCCUUUCUGGCUUCGGCGUGGCUGCCUGUCUCCUGCUCGUUCUCCGUCUCCACUUGGUCCCCGGCCGUCCUGUCUCGCCUGCUCGUGCGUCUCCUCGAGGCCGGCGGCAUCUCCCCUCCCUCGUCUUUCCCCCCCUCGUCGUUCGCGUCUGCCUCCUCCGCGCCUGCUUCCUCCGCGCCCUUCUUCGCCGCGGAGGCGGGGGGGGCGGCUCAGCGUGCGAGUGCGCAGGGAGAAGAAGGGCUGAAGGAGGGAGGGAUGGAACGGAUGGAUCCUCGGCGAGGGCGCUGGGGGGGAGACGAGACGCGGCGCGCGGGGCGUGUUGCUUCUUCCCUCUGUCCCGCUGUGGCGCGCGCGUCGCUGCAGAUCUGUCGGGCAGUUCUGUUUGCUUUCCACGCAGCUCUGCGCAGGAGCGCGCUCAGCGGAGACAGUGGGAAAUUGUUGCGGCCUCCUGCGAGUCUUCCUCUGACUCCACAGCAAGCUGAAGCUGGCGCCUUUGCGCACGCACAGGUUGCUGCCCAGAUGGCACGCCACUUUGCAGGUGUCUCUCUCCUGAUCGCGGACCGUCCAGGAGACGCGGGCGGGGCCUAUGGGAGAGACAGAGGCCUACGAGGCGCCGCUGCAUUCAUCCCUCUUUUCCGGCUUGAGGACGAGGAAGCCCGCGCAGAAGCGACCCACGCCCUCGCUGUCGCCGCGGAGAGCGCCGCCUCUGCUGUUCAGCGUCUGGCGACGGUCGUGGCGCCCCCGUCCCGCGCGCGGCUGCCGUCUCCUUUUUUCUCCCGCGGCGGCACGCUGGAGGUUGUGGGGGCAGCCCCGAGCAUCGGGAAGAGGCGAGAGAUGAGUUGCUCUUCGGCGGAGACUGUCUUCAUCCUCGGCAAGGCGUACUCGUGGAGGGGCGACUCGCCGCGCGAGCGAGGUGGAGGCGCGCAGGCAGUCUCUGGCGGAAACAAGGUCAUUCACGAGGCUGCAGCAAAGGCCGAGUCGCUCUCUAGAGACGCCGACGAAGGGGGCAGCCGCGCGGAAGGCAAAGACGCCUUGAGAGGCCUCAGCGAGUCUCUCAGGCUCGCGUGUGACGAGGGCGACCUGCUGUGUGCACAGCUGAAUGCCUUGACGCAGCUCAUCCUCUUCUGUGCCCAGGUGGAGACACCCUUGGCGGCCUUGGCGGUGAAGGAAAGGGCCUGGGAUCCCGCGUGCGCCAGGGGCGACAAAUGCAGAGUGGCGGAGAAGGCGAGCCGCAGCGAGGAGGAAGGGAAGCCGAGAGGUGACCGGCGCCUGCGACCUCGCCCGGCGUGCCCGAGCGCAGACGGAGGGAGAGGCGCGAGCGACGGGGGACUCUGCUUUUCUCAUUCAGAAGAAGAAGCAGAACUUCCUGCAGCACGCGUCUGCGGAGAGACGGCAAAGCCUUGGGAGGGACGCGGCGGCGGAAGACGUUCGGCGUCGGCUGGACAGAAAGAGGUGCAGCGCACGCGCCCACGGCCGUGCGAACACACGAGACAGGCCAGGCGGCUGGCGCCCGCUGCUCCAUCGGAGGGCGACGAGGCCGACAGUGCGGAAGAAGAUACUGCGGAGCGCCUGAGCUGGAGAGCCGAGCUGCGAUCUGGUUUUGCGAGGGAGGCCAGCCGUCUGGCCGGUUUGGCGCAAGCGCUCAAGGACCGCCUCGUCUGGCUCAUCACAGCCGAGGCCCUGCAGAUGAUCAAAUCUCACUCAUGCGUCCUCUACGUGCCCCUGGCGGACGUCUUCGGCUCUCUGCUGUCGCCUUCGCGUCUCAGUGCGGCGCCGUCUCUGCUGUCGGCGUCGCUGCGUCUCCUUCCGCAGUGUGGGGCGGCGGUCUGGGACGCCGCCUGGACCCGCGUCGGGCAGGCUCUGGUGCAUGCAGUUCUGCACACCAGUUUCUCUUCGAGGGAUGUCUCGUCUCCGCUGUGGCCUUUUUUCGCCCGCGAUGAGGACCCGCAGGUCGGCGGCAGUGCGUCGUUCUUGCCGUCACUCAUCGGGACUGCCGGAGGCCCUAGUCGGUUCCCCCGAGCGCUCGCGCGUUUCGCGUCCACUGCGCGCGUCCUCCUGGUGGCCUACUUUACGGCUCCUCCUUCGUCCCUCGCUCCGGCCUUCGCGGGUCGGAUGUCCUCCGGUCUUUCCCCUUCGUCGCCUGCAGGCUCGGGCCUUCACGACGGUGAGGCGCGGCGCGGGCGAAGUUGCUUCUCAGUGUUGUCGAUUCACCGCAGCGUCGCGCUGCUGCAGGACCUCGAGGCGUUUUUGCGCGCCCCAGCAGAUCGAGUUGUGUCUCCGCUUUCUCACAUUCUGAAGAGUCACUUCCCGUGCUUCUCGCAUGCCUUCCCCGCGGGAGCGAGCGAGGAGAGCAGCCGCUGGCUCCUCUCCCCUGCUGCGUCGCUAGUUGCCACUUCCGUCCCCCCGACCCCCGCCGGGCACAGUGGCGCCUGGGGGCGACACGCGGCUGCCGCCGGAGCCCGCCAGAAUGGAAGCGAAGUGCGACUGGGCUCCCUGCCUCGGGCUUCAACUUCGCCGUGGGCCUCUUGUCUCCCUUUUGGGCUCGAGUGCCGCCGAGGCGCCCCCACCGACGCAGACUUGGCUGCUGCUUCCCGCGCCGACCCCAGGCCGGCUCGGGAAGAUGAAGAGCGCGGGGCGGGCGCAGACUGGGGCAGGUGGAGACAGCCUGAGCGACGCGCGCGCGGCGCGAGCCCUUCCAAAGGGUCUGCGAAGCUCCUCGAGGCGUCUCUCGCGAAAGAGGUUCAAGCGGCUCGCGUCGUGGAAAGCCUCCUGCGGUGUGGCCUCAAAGCGGAGAAGUUCGCCGCCGACCUUUUGCGGCUCCGCCCGGAUUUGCCGCGCCCCGCCCAAGAGGCCGUUCUCGCGGAGGUCUGCGACGCGUUGGCUUGCGGUCGCCGCCAGGCCGCGCACGCGCUCGCCGAGGCCCGGCGCGCGCGAGCUGUCGUGGAGACGUUGUGUGGGCGAGGAGACAGUGAAGGCCGAGCGCCGGGGAGCAGCUGCGAGAGUGAGGCAACUUGGGAGGAUCGUCAGCCGGAGGCAGCCGCGCGUGGAGAGUCGACUUGCGCGCGGAAAGGGCGCGGGGAAAAGACUACACAGGCAAGCAGGUCACAACCGUGCGCGGCACAGGACGGGCGUCCUCUUUCAGCUGUCGACCAACAACCGACAGCGAAUGCCGCGGAGAUGACAGCGGGCGGAGGCGCCCCAAGUGGCGAGGCCGCGGUGCAGCAGUGGGAAAGGACAAAGGAGACGCUGAUGACGGUCGCUGAGACAGCGCCCGAUAGACCCGCGACGGAGAAGGAAGGGGAGGAAAUCGACCGAAGCGGCACCCGAGGGCGAAGCGCUCACGGGGGAGCUGAGCAGAGACGCAAGGAAGCCAGACUGAGUUUGGUGCGUCUCCGGGAAGCGCAGGCAGCCGUGGCGACGAUGAGGCACCGCAGCGACGCCAGCAAAGAAGACCGAGGGGAGGCAAAUGAAGGCGACCUGACGCCAGCGCAGCGCCCAGGUGCUGAGCGAGAAGAGGCUCUGCAUGCGUGGUCGCCCCCUCACCUUGAAGAAAGAGAUACUCCCAUGGCGUGGAGCGCGGCAGCAGGAAACGCGAAGCACAGAGACGUGGGAGGGGAUAGGGAGGCAAGGUCAGGGAUCUCCUCUCCCGCUGCAAAGGACGAAGAGACAAGCGAAAACGGAAUCUGCGAGAGUGCUUGCAGUUGUUUGAACGAGGAUACUUUUUCAUCCAGCGCCGGGUUCCCCGCCCGUUCCGCGAGCGAUCCAGUAGUCAAGGGUUCUGGGCCUGCGGCUUUUCUCCCGUCUCCUUGCUCGAUGUCUCUGUCAGCUGCCUCGCCCGUGUCCUCUCACCUCGCCUCCCGGUCGACGAUGGCUGCGCUCUCGUCGCCUCUCUCGGUCGCGCCGCUUCCCUCGCCGGGAGGCCAGGCCCGCGCUCGGGGCCCAAAGUCCCCGAAGUCUCCAUUCCCGGACGAGCACGAGCCUGCGGCCUCGUCGGCGUCACCCGCCUCCUCCUCUUCGGAGGGGGGACUCCCUUGGUGCAUCGCUUCCGCUUCCCCCGCACGCAGGCCUCCGCGCCCCGGCCCCGCCGGCAGCCUCUCCUCUCUCUCCACGACCGGCUGCCACAGCGGUGACUCUCGGGCGUCCACCGCGGAAGUCGUCGGCCCGUCGCCCCGCCGGGGCGACGCGCCUGAGGGGCCCGAGGGCCCACGCAGGGCGGAGGGCGAGUUCCGGGCUGCAGAGACGCAAGUCGAAGAGCACUGGGGCAGCCCGUGGGCAGGCGGCGAGAGGGGAGAGGUUGCGGUGGCGGCAAAAACAGGGCGUUGCUCAGUGCAGCCGGGUGUCGAGGCCUCUAAGGGGGCCAGCUCCGCCGUGUCGCCGGCGCUCCGGAGGGCGUGGGGGUGGAUGUGGAGAAGCAGAGAAGAGAACGAGCGGCGCGCGAAGGCCGUGGCGAGUUCGAUUGUCGCGCCGCUUCUCGCCGCGCUGGCGCCGAAGGCGGGAGGCACGCCAGAGAGGAUGAAUGUACCCACUUCCGUGUUUUCGCAGUUGUCGUUCUCAGAUAGCGAAGAGGACAGCGCAACGGACCCCUCGAGCGAGGAAGGAAGCGAGCAAUGCCGCCGACCGGACUUUGACACCCGGAGCGGGGAGGAGCUCUACGGAGAGGCCCCCGGCGCUGAGCAAGAGGGCAGAGCAAGAGAGAAAGCUCGACUUCUCGGGAAGGCGCCAACGGGAAGGGACGAGGAAGAAAAGCAUACAUGGGCUGGCUACCCAGCGAGCGCAGUGCUGCCGCGGGGGCGUGACUCUCACGUCACCUCAAGAAGGACGCACGCUGGCUCUCCUUCGUGGCGAGCGAACGCGGGAAGGGAAGAGGAGGAGGAGGCCGCGGAGGCAGCCGGAGUUCCUGUUCAUUUCGCGCGUCGGGAGACUAGGCAAUCGACGGCGGAACGGGACGAGGCGUGUGACUUCCCGAGGAAGUCUUUGGCGGGCUUCGUUUGGCACCGAGGGACUCUGCCGCCGGGCGCGGCCGCGCUUCUGCCUUCUCCCUUCGCUUCGUUCUUUGCUCACAUGCAGGCUUCAACCGAUUCUCCUUCUCCGUCGCACGCGCUCGCCCUCUUUUUGGCUGCGUCCCCGUUCGUCUCCUCUCUGGCGUCCAGCUCAGAAGCGUGUGGGCUGCCUGCGUCUUCAGCGGAGAAAGAGGAGAGCGGACGGUGGUGCGCGGGCCCCGCGCUCCCGGGCGCCACGGGUCGCGAACGCUUGGCCCCAGGGCGCCAGCCCCAGGAGGCGAGGGAAGGGGCGACGGAGGAGGAUGAAGGCCUGCAUCGUAAAUGGUGGCGACUAGACGGGCCGCUGCUGCGGAUCUCCUCGUGUCCCUCCGAGCUGUUUCCAGAGGCGGCGCUCCACCUCAGCGACCUGUGCUGCGUCCUCGAAGCAGACGAGGGGAGCGAGGCGACGGAUGGCGGACGCGAGGAAGGGCGGGGGUGCCAGGGAUGUGCGAGAUGUCGACCGACGCUGGCUGCCACCGCGGCGUCGGUUGCGCGGCGCGUGGGGGCGGCAACGCAGAAGAGAGGUCGCGGGGCUGGUGAAGCGGGCCCGGCGGAUCUGGGGUUAGCGCAGGGAGAGCAAGACGACGAAGGCGAGACACUGUGGCACGAACUCGAGUAUGAAUGGGUCGAGGCGCAGGAGGCCGUGACGAAGAAUCCCUCUUGUCGCCUAGUUCUGACCUUCUGGGACGGUGUGCGCGCGCCGGUAGUCGUCUUCUUCUCCUCCCCGCGUCGCCGGCGCCUGUGGGCGCAGACGCUCAGCGCUGGCAUCGCCAGCGCCUCUGCAUGUCUAUGGCGACGCGGUAUCUCUGCAGGCGCGUCCCUCUCUGAUGUCGCAUCGCCUGGGUGCUUCUCUUCUUCUGUGUCGCUCUCUUCUUCCUCAUCUCCCUCGUCCGGUGGCGGCGGCGGGGCGACGCGUUCUUCCCUGCCCUCGUCGUGUGUGCCAGAAAUGCCUCCGCAAACGAGGGGGAGAGGAAGAAAGCCGAUUCGAGAGAGACUGGCGCGAGCAAGUGGAGAUGGGGGGCAAGAGAACGGUGUCGACAGUUGGACAAGGCCGUCGAUGGGGAGGGGGCGGCCGCGGGCGUCCUCCUCUUCCUCCUCUGUCAAGGAGACGCGUCAGCCGUUUCCUCGAUCGGCGUCUGCUUUCCGGCGCCCGACGGGGCCGUGUUUCUUCGUGUACUCGGAGCGUCCGUAUGCGAAGUCCGGCGGCACAGUUUUUUAUUUUCCUUCGCCUCUUUUCUUUUCUCUCUUCUCCAAGCCCGCUUCGCAGGGGGUCACGUCUUCUCUGCCGCGGCCUGCGCUCGAUCCUCGUCACCCGAGCGUCUGCGAGGACCGCGACGAGGAAAGCGCGUCGUCGUCUCCUCUCUCCGCCUCCGCAGAAGGCGCUUCACACAGCUGCGUGGUUGCCGAGGCCCUGCACCAGUUUCGCAGCCUCUUGGGGCUCCAGCGACCGCGUGGGCUUUUCUGCACGUUGCGUUCAGAGUCCGAAGCCCGAGGCGCGUCUCCUCGCAGGAAGGGAGGUGGGUCUGCUUCGUGGGGAGGUGGGUCUGCUUCGUGGCCGUCUCGCGAGAGGCGCGCGUCGCCCAGAGGGGGCGAAGCACACGCCGAACGCGGGCUGCCAGAGGGCAGGGGACAGCUGGGCGAGGGACGGGGCCUGCCGAGGAAAGGCAGACACGAGCCCGGAGGAGAGGCGGCGGAGAGCCGUGAAAGGUCGCGUCUUUCCCAGUCUGGAGCGCGCCGGUCGUGGGGGACUCCUGCGCCGAGUAUGUGUCUGCGGAGUCAGCUCGUAGCGGGCGGAGGAGAGUCGGAGUUCGUCAUGCCAGACUCUCCCCCGCGCGUGCGCGCAAGUGAGCUCUGUCCUCCCCACACAGACACACCCGCUGAGGGCGAGGCAGACAGCGGCUGGGUUUUCGUCGAGGAGACGCUGCACCGAUCGGGCCUGGUCCCCGACGACGGCGACGAUACGAGCUCGCUCUCGCCGUCGUCCUCUCUGGCGGCCCUUCACGUCUUGGGGCUGUGA